CCGAUAAGGCUAUUGCUGUUGAAGUAUAUGACACGGUAGGAAGGCGCUUAAAAAGGAUAGCCGCUGAAUCACUACCGACAUUCGACGCCCGGCCCCGACGGUCGCAACUCUCGAACUCGCACGGACUUCCGCACCUUAGUGCCACUGUCGCCCAAGCGUAGCAGCUUAUAACCAACUUGUCCUGCUUACAGGCCAUGCAGCAGGUGCUGGUGCGGUCGGUGCUGUGCAACUGGCUGGUGUGCCUGGCCGUGUGGAUGGCGCUGGCGGCCAACAACCUGCCGGGCAAGCUGAUGGGGAUGUGGAUGCCCGUCACGGCCUUCGUAACGGUGGGCCUGGAGCACUCCAUCGCCAACAUGUGGGUCAUCCCCAUCGGCAUGGCACUGGGCGCGCCCGUGUCCGCGGGUGCCUUCCUUACAGCCAAUCUCAUCCCCGUGACCCUGGGCAACGUGUUUGCGGGCGCGGUGCUGACCGCCGGCUCCUACUCGCUGGCCUUCGGGCGGCUGGGCGCGGCCUUCAACGGCGAGGCCGCCAAGUGAGAGGCCCGCAGUGGCGGGCAGCGGCGGCGGGCAGUAGCAGCUGGGGCCCGCAGUGGCUGGCAGUGGCGGCGGGCGGUAGCAGUAGCAGCUGCAGCUGCAGUUGCAGGCAGGCGUCAGAGCUACCCGGAAGCUUGAGCUGCAGCGGCGGCUGCAGCAGCGGAAUUUCGAGGAGGGUCACGGUGCACAAGAGAGGUUUCGAACAGAGCGGCAUAGCCGAGCUGCUUGUAUGAGAGCGCUUGGCUUGGGGUGCGCGGGGGGCGGGCCCGCCGCUGCGCUAUAAAAGGCAGCGUCGCCGGGGGCGGUGAGCAAGAUGUGUGUUGCGUGUCGGUAUGGCGGUGUUUGUUGUGGUAAUGGAGGGAAGCAUUGGGGAUACUAGAGCGCACCAACAUGGGCGGCUUAAUCGGCCCGUCGGCCAGAAAUGGGGAGUGGCUGAAGAUGUAAUAACGUAGCACUACGGGGCGUAAGUGAGUCCAAGUGCGCAUCGUCCGUGCGCUGCAUGGAGAUGACCGCAGGGGUGGCCGCGUCGUACUGCCGGCAGUGCUGUUGUUAAUACGGUGUAGGUGCGUCGAGCAGGUGCCCUUCUUGCUAUGUUCGUGAGUGAUUGUGUGGUCAGAAAGAUUGCGGUUAAUAAUGCUUGUUUGCGGAGGGGUUACAGAAUGCGACAGCUGCGAGUUGAGGGGGGCACACGGCGUGUCCAGCAAAUGGCACGGCUACGGACGGGCAUCUGUGCGGCAAGGCGCGGCCUCACAGGCUCCCAGACAGGAAUAAGGCAGUGAUGAGUUCCAAAUGCCACCUACCACUUGCCAGCCAGAUGCCUCGCACGUGCCGUGUCUGUUGGUUGUGCUGCUGCUUGCUGCCUAGCUCAGCCCGGGCGUGAUGUGCGUAAGGCUGUAAUUUUGAGUGACGAGGGCACAUAAGGAAGUAGGUUCGAGUCGUGAGCAUGGCCCAGACAAGCAGAAGGACGUGUGACUGGGUUUAAGAGACCACGCCUGAUCCUGCGUUGUCUGCGCGUGUCCGUGACACGGUGACAGUCGCGGAUAGCGAGGGUGCUGUAAGGAAACCCACAU